AUGAACCCUGUGCCUUCCUGCUUCUCCAUAUCACAGCUGAACAAAGGGAACCUGAUCUUCUAUGAUGAAGACCUGAGAGAGUGUGGUAUUGAUGUGACAGAAGCAGCAGUGUACUCAGGUGUGUGUACUCAGAUCUUCAGAGAGGAGUUUGGGCUUCACCACAGUAAAGUGUGCUGCUUUGUUCAUCUGAGCAUUCGGGAGCAUCUCGCAGCUCUGUAUGUGCACCUGACCUUCAUGAAGGAGAAGAGAAAUGUUCUUAUACAGAAUCAGGUUUCUAACAGGAGGAUGGAAGAAAAUACAAUCUCAGAUAUACACAAGAUUGCUGUAUUUCAGGCUUUAGAAAGUCAGACUGGACAUCUGGAUCUUUUCCUUCGCUUUCUUCUGGGUCUCUCACUGAAGUGCAAUCAGAAACUCUUACAUGUUUUAGUAACUCAGACAGGAAGUAACCCCCAGAGCACACAGGAAACAGUUCAGUACAUUAAGAAGAAGAUAAAUGAAAAUCUUCCUACAGAGAAAUCCAUCAAUCUGUUCCACUGUCUGAAUGAACUGGGUGAUGAUUCUCUAGUGGAGGAAAUCCAACACUACCUGAAAUCUGGAAAACAAAGUCGACUUUCUUCUUCACAGCUUUCUGCUCUGGUGUUUGUGUUACUGACAUCAGCACAGGAGCUGGAUGAGUUUGACCAGAGUAAAUGUUUCAGUACAGAUAAGAUAACAGAAGAUGUUGUUCUGAAGAUGAUGCCUGUGAUUACAGCAUCCAGUAAAGCAAUUAUCAGCUGUAAUAAACUUGGAGUAAAAAGUUGGUCAUCUCUGGUCUCACCGCUCAGAUCAGAAACCUACAAACUGAGAGAACUUCAUCUGACUGUGAAAACACUGGAUCUGUCUAAUUAUAAACUAGGAGACUCAGAAGUGAAGAUUCUCUGUGCUGUACUGGAGAAUCCUCACUGUAAAGUGGAGACACUGAGGUUGUUUAAUUGUGGUGUCUCAGAUGAAGGCUGUGCUGCUCUGACUUCAGCUCUGAGAUCAAACCCCUCACACCUGAGAGAACUGAAUCUAUAG